AUGAGCGCCCCAGCGGAACCUAAAAAGUCUGGAAAUGAGUCCGGUGAUGAGUACUUAUCGCAGGAUGAGGAGGUAUUCGAUGGAAACGACAUCGAGAAUAACGAAACUCGGAUCUAUGAAGAAUCCCUCGAUUUGGACCUCACCAACAGCGGGAGGCAAGUUUGGCUGGUGAGACUGCCGAAGUUCCUUGCCGAGAAGUGGCGGCACAAGUCCAACCUUAACGGGCAAGAAUUGGGCAAGAUACGUAUCGAUAAGAACACGCAGGCAAUCCAGAUGGUCCUCAACGAGAACGACAACGACCAAAUCCCGCACCAGUACGACCUGGAGCUGACUAAAAAACUGGUGGAAAACGAGUACAUCUUCACGGAACAGAACCUGAAAAAGUACCAACAGCGGGAGCGUGAGCUUGCUGCGGACCCGGAGAAGCAAAAAGCUGCGUUUCUCAGGCGGCAGGAGCGCGAGGAAGAGAUGCGUAAGAAGCAACAGCAACUCAAACGUCGCAAUAAUCGACGCCGCUUCCAGAACCGUGUUAUGACAGACCGUGAUGGCCGUGACCGGUACAUCCCCUAUGUGAAGACUAUUCCUAAGAAGACCGCCAUCGUGGGCACUGUGUGCCACGAGUGUCACGUUAUCCCCUCCAUGAGUGAUCCUAACUAUCACAAAAUUGUCGAGCAGCGUCGCCAAAUUGUCCGUAGUGUGCACAAGCCUACCGUCACUGUACUAGACCAAACGCCAGGUGUGACUAUGAGCAACGCUGGUAUGUCCAUGCGCUCUGACAACUCUAACUUCUUAAAGGUCGGCCGUGAGAAGGCCAAGAACAAUAUUCGCGCCAUCCGUAUGCCCAAGAAGGAACUACUGGACUUCCUUUUCAAGCUUUUUGACGAGUACGACUACUGGUCGCUGAAAGGCUUAAAAGAACGUACCAAACAGCCCGAGGUUUAUUUAAAGGAGUGCUUAGACCAAGUUGCUAUCCUGGUUAAAAAGGGACCUUAUGCCUUGAAAUAUACACUCAAAACUGAGUAUAAGCGGCUUAAAGAGGCCGAAAGAGCUGCUCGUCUCGGCGAGCUCGCUAAAGACGACGAAAACCCCGAAGACGACCAGCCUAAUCCAGACGAAGAUGAAGAGGUCGAAAUGGAAGAUGUCUUGUGA